GGACAGUUAGGCCUUUCCAGACGCAGAACAUCACCCACCUAAUAUUUUCGUUUACUUAAUUGGGAUAACCACGAUGAUAUGUAUCUAUUGGAUUGAACGAACACGACCAUUGAUGCUGCACUAAAAUAAAUCAACACGUGUGAGUCCGGAGUCAUCACAAAGAACAAUGGAUCACUCAUUGCGGGGCACGAGGGGAACCUCGAAUAAGUCGAAGCCAAAAUUAGGGCCCCAGAAGCAUGAGGACAGCCGCUUCGACAAACUCCAGGAGGACAAUGCUCUACUGCGAAAGGAACUGAGUGAAAAACAAUAUGAAGUCGAUUAUUGGAGAGAAAAAUGGCAGAAGGUACCUCUACAUUUGCUAGAUCCUGACCCCGCCUAUUUCCUAGAAAUACACUAACCUUCACUUCUCCAGUGAGAGAAAUACCGCACAUACAACGUUCAAGCCCCUAGCCUGAAGCAACUCCAAUUACCUGUAGGAUUCCCGAGGCUGCUUCAUCAUGUAGAGUAUAGUCCAUCUUCGUCGUGCUCGUCUGCCUUCUCCCCCCUCAAACUUUAGGGAAGGAAGUUGGAUAGAGUUCAUUACAGUUGACUCAAGAAGAGCUCGCGGACUUGACCUUCACACCUACAAUCUAAUAAGUUCAUCAUUCCUCUUACUUUGGUACUUAUCAUGAAGAUCUUUCUGGUCGUCUUACUUCACUUAAUAUUUCUCGUCUAGUACUAGUUCUGCUUGUUACCUGUUUCGCCUUCAUCAUUUUAGGUAUAGGACGAUGUGGAUGACUAAUAGGUACGUAGCUCUACUCGUUGUAGCUGUGGGGUUACACUGAAGAUCCCUUCUACCUUAAGCGUCAAGCAAAUCUUGGUCGUGACUUGUAUGAAAGCCUCUUUAACUACUUUCCCAGCUUAUCUUGUCUCCAACCCCAUACUAGAGAAUUUGAAGAAUCUCAGUUCUACUCACCCAGGCGACGGGGAAGGAGCCGAGGUCGGGUGAAGGGAAGCCGCCGAAAGGCCGUAUCAGAGAGCUAAAACCACAGCGGAGUUUGUAUGAGAGUGCUAGCGCGAGCUAUGGCGUCGAAGACGCAAAAAGAGCAGCGUUUGACAAAAUGAUGGGCGGUGGCGGAGGCUCAUCAAGGAGUGGCGUCACUAAGACUACUUACUAGAGUGUUGUGUUGCAGCGAUCAAACAACUUUAUUCAUGAUUGUUUCUUGCUUUCCGGUAUGAUCAGUAUGCUAGAGUAGUUUAUAGAACGGAUGUAGGAUGGACUUGGAUGGAUCGGAUGGACCCCCCUGAUUCUUCCGAUCCUACUCGAAAUGGUGGGAAGUCCAUCCGAUCCAUCCCAUCCCGGAUCUGGCACCCCUAUAAAUUAUUCUAGGCCCUAUCAGAUGUAGAAGUUGACGCUUUUUUAUUAUAAGAAAAUGAAUUGAUCAUGCAACCGCAACCCCGCCCCGCGGCGUCUGAUGAAUGUCGAAUAUCCUCUGGAAGUGCCAGUAUCUCGGGUACUAUUCUUAUGAUCUGCGCUAAUUCUACGCGAAGGGAGACUAGCGGCGGCGAUCGUGGAGUCCGGCGGAGCGCCAGCGCCAGGGAGCCGCAGCGUCAUCUAGCUGGCGCGGAAAAAUCGUCUUCUUCGACAGCGAAUAAGAAUGGUGGAGCGCAUUUACUGACGAAGAUGGAUGGAGUUGUAGACGGCGAACGUAAUAGGCAGCAGAAUGGUGCUUCCAAGGAUGAACCGAUGCAAGAUGCACAGCUGCAAGGUGCAGCUUCGAGAGGUAAUAAAGUCGAACAGGAAGCACCAAUAGCGCCUCCAGACACGCGCAACCGGGAAGCACUCUUGCUUGAGUUUUUCCGCGUCCUCGAGGACAACAGAACGCCGAGUACAGGCAGUACGAACAAUGCAGCGCCACUCAUGGACAUGGACCAAGGUUAAGGCUUGCCUUGUAGUUCAUCUUGAAAAUAAGCAUGUUAGUCCUACUCGUUCUCUUAAUUGGAAGGUUUUUGUAAGUGUAGAGGAACAGGAAACUCACCAAGACGCUUCUCAGGAUGAGCAAUCUAUCAUGUGUGGUCUAAAACGACGACAAGAUGGAUGUGGAUUGCGAGGGAACAACAAACGUAGACGGUGCAACUGCAGUGAAAUCACAUUCAUCACUUCUCUUACGGCAGGUUCAACUGGACCGACUGCUUGUACUAGCUGGCAGCUAGGAGAUCUAUGAAGAUUUAUUCCAUACUUUUUAUAAAAAGUAUAAGUAGUACUGAUAAAAGUAAGUAAUUAGUUUCAUCUAAGACUUGGUGGGGGCGGCGCUGGGCAGACGUCAGAGUCGAAAAAGGCCAGAGGACGGACCGAGGAAGAUGAUGAAUCCAGUGGCACCGCUGACGCACAUCGAGAAAUCAACGAUGAUUCUAACAUGUCUCGGUCGCGAGGGUGUUUCAAUACAACUACAGGCGAUACAACAGGUGCCGACGACAACAAUUCCUCCGGUUGGUCGGCUGACAAAUGUAGUGUUUUCGACAUAGUAAACCUGAUCCGGUCUUUUCGUGACUGCACGAUCGGGGAUCUCCUCAAUGACAUUCGAUCUUGCGUAUGGGAUUGUCGCUUUGAGAGGUCGCCCCCAGAGGCUUGGGACGACGAAGAGUUUCCGAAUCGAGAGCAAUAUGUUCACCUUCUGAUCGCUCGCUCGCUCCUCUGUCUAGAAGGCGUGCGGCUCUACCGGCUGUGGGCUGGUAAUGUUUUUCUUCAUCCCGUACAAAUAUGACCGUCGCCCUAUUCUCAACCGAUUCUAGACCUAGCGGAUAUCUAGCUGCCUCAUUGUCGCAGGUGGCUAGCUCUUUGGGUUUGAUGAGUGAUCGUCUGGCUGUGUCGUCAAUUUCCGAAUCUUUGACUUUUUGAAGACGACUAUGUAUUACAAGCGUUUCAAGACUGCAAUUGGUAUUGGGCGUCCGGGAGUCAUGAUAUGUCAGUAUUCACCUCGUUGUCACUGGUAUCGCAUACAAAUAUAUUUAUAUAUAUUAUAAAGAGGAUGCGUAUUCCAAUUCUUGAUGUAAUAGGUCAAAAGAAGGGUGGCGACGAGCAGGAAGAGCACAUGGAAGAGAAAGAAUAUUGCGAGUAUGCGGGAAAAUAUCUGAAUGCGGCGUUGAUGCUGUUAGAUGAACUCAAGGAGGACAGGCCAGACCUGGGUUUCGGAGACCACAACGAUUUUUUUAAUGGCAUUGUUGUGCCUCUUUAUCGAAGAAACUGGGAUCAGGGUUUCGACACAAAGCGCUUGGAUAAGCUACUCAAGAAUGCUCGCGCUGUGCCUUCAGAGACGCUGCUGCUUCCAAAAGGUAGUACAGGAUUCCUGUUAAAUUUAGGCGUUGCUUGGAUGCAAAUAUUCGUAGAGAAUAGAUGAUACAGUUUUUAGAUAGCAGGCGUGACGAGCUUCACUUUUAACUACCAUUUUGAAUGUUUGACCGAUUCGUUUGCGAAAGGUGAGUUGGCGGGCGCGAGUACAAAAAAACUUCAGCUUGUUUUCCUUGUUCUCAGGCCAAUCGUGCGUAGUCCCGAGAUCAAAUCUCGCGCCCGAAGAUGCUGUAGGAGACUCCGCAGCCUUGUAUACUGUGCGAGGAGUCGAAGCUUUCUCCUCUUGUAAGCGGUACAUCUAUUUACGACUUGUCGAGCUCGUUAAGAUUAAAUUCAAGAUCAAGAGAGAGUAACAACAACAAGACAUCAUAGGCAGCCACAUCACACUUAUAUGGGAAGAUCAGGGCGGAGCAUCACCUGAAAAACUAAAACAUGGUCAUGGGCAACAAGAAAUGCAACGCUGUCUUAGGAGGUUGACGAGGACGUCCUAUUAUUGUUUCUCUGUUAAGCUCGAACUCAAUGUUGAAAUCAUAGCAUGACCAAGAACUUCAAUUUCAAAUUCAAUCAUUCAUUUUUUGAAAAAUGCAGCGGUUUCGGUGUGCAUUGGGCUCCUUCGCCCUAGUCUCUAAUGUUUGCUAAGCCAAAUCUCAACGAAGAUCAUUUAAACACUGUUAUACGCAUAUGUGUAAACGAGGACGAUGAGGACGGGUCGGACAUGGAUAGUGUUCCAAGAGGAGCUCUCGAGGACUUGGAAGAACCCGGAUCAGGUGAUCCUGCAACUCCGGUCGCUGGCAGUGACAAAAAGCUUGUUGCAGUUGGCAGCAGAAGUGUUCCUAAGAAAAGACAAGCUGCGAAUGCACCAGCAGGCCGUGGUGCUGUAGGCGGUGCGCUAGGCGUUGGUGGAGCGAAAAGCUCAGCUGUUGGUAGAAACGACAAAAAAGCAGACGCUGGUGGAAACUCAACGUCGAUGCGGGCACGAGGUGCAAACGGCGGAGGCAAAUACAAGAAGCUGGAGAGGCACGCAUCGCUAAGCGACGUCAUUAAUGACGCGAAGAAAAAUUAUGUUGAGUCGCUCCUCGUAGUCCUUUUCAUUGUUUCUCGAUCGAGUUUCUGAAGAGUAUAUCUAUAUUAUUAAGCGGAACAGGAUUGUCUCGGGUAUAAGGAUGCGAAAUACCUUGAAGAGAUGAGGUGAUGAAAUGACAUGACAACAUGGCAAGAAAAAAAAAUUGCAAAUAAUUGGAAUUUCAUCUUCUAGUCUACCUCUACCAACAUCUAAAUUUCGCAACGAGUGCUUGAGAACGAUGGCUUGCAACGCGGUACGCAACCGGAAAUGAGCCCCUUUCGGCUAGGACUAGGGCGCAAGAUGACCGGCAAGGAAGAGCAACGGCGGAACCGAGCAAACUUCAAGCAGAGAUUGGAUUUUAAUGAGGCUCCUGGCCUAAAUCAGGAAGGGCCUCUCGAGCUCGUUUCGGCAACGGGAGGAGGCAGUAGACUGCUCUUCGACGAGGUAGAGGGACCGGUGGCGGGUGGAGCGAGUGCCGCUCAUGCUCUAGAUGACGACUUCACUAUGCAAGACACAGCUUCGCGCGGUCCGGCUCGAAGGCUCUUUGGCGGUGAUCAGUGUUCGCGAAUGCCUCCCCCGUCCUCAACCGCGCGGCGCGGGCAACCAGGAAAUAGUAGCUCCUCGAGACGAGUUGUUUUUCCAGAAGAUGAAGAAGAGGACGACGACCAGGACGAUGCUGCGAAGAUGGCUCCGGGACAGGUCGGGCGGGCGAACCCUGACAGUGCGAGAAGCAUGUUGGUACUUGCGGACGACGAUAAUUCGUCGCAUCAUCUCGGUUGUGCAGGCCGUCGAGCGGGCACACAGCGGGCAAACGUAGUCACGCAAAAAGACAAGAGAAUGCAGCUGCGGGGAAACGUUCACUUGCAUGGAGGGGAGAAUGCGUUGGGUCUGAGGAACGACCUGCCCACUGCAUCAAGUGCAUCGUCGAGGGCUCCAGCAGCUACAAGCACUGGAAACCUCGUUCCCAAUGGAGGCGGUGUUGAUGAAGCAGGAGACAACUCAGUAGUCGGCAAAAAGAACAACUCGAUGACUGCGACUGCUUCUGCAAAAGCCGGCGCUGGUACAACAAACGGAAGCAGCAGCAAGGCCGUGAACGCGCCGAGAGGAGGCAGAAACAAGUCAGGCGGAGGAGCCGCACCGCCAGAGACGCGAAGCGUCGACGCAGAUCAAAAAUAUGCUGGAUCAGGCCUCCCAAUGAAAGACGCGCCAUUACUUAAAGUGCAGAGUAGCGCUAAGGGAAAAACGUCUAAGGCCCAACAACAAGCCAGUGCUUUCCAACCUGCUGCAAGAGCAAGAACAGGCAGUGCAUCUUCAGCGGCUAGCACUAGUGCGGCUGCUGUACUCAACGUAAAGGGAGGUGAUAAGCCUAGCACCAACAGCAUGAAGACGACCACAUCAACGAAAAGCGUCGAAAACAAAACUGCGGGAAAGCAAGGAGACAUAGCAGCUGGAGUAGUAAAUAUACCUCCGGUGAUGCUUGAUAAAAGUAUACUUGACGACGAUGAAGUAGACGAUAGCAGCGCUGAUGCAAUAGGCGAUAGCGCAUCGAUGCAGAGGCUCCCGACAACCACAAGUGGAGGCCCGGUAAGUCUUACAACCGCUGGCGCCGCUACUCUCAAGCGGCCACCUUCGCAGGACUGCUCACUUGUUGGCUCGUCACUGGGGACCCAAAACACCAACGCGUCAAAGCGCAGUAGGCGUGCUAAACAGUCGUAAAAACAUAAAGCGCAGCAGGCGAGCUAAACAGUCGUAAAAACAGAAUAUUACUGAUACAUCCCUCUAUCACUAAAGUAGGAAAAAGAAUACAGUAAACCGUAAUAUCCUUUUCGAGUUAUUGUUCAUUCGGAUACGCCCGUCGCUCUCGCUUCGUAAUUUGAGACCUACAACUUAUGCAUUUUCUUCUUGUAUCGGUUCAUCAUCAACAUAUUCCAUUAUUUCUUCUGUUCAUGAUGUUGUCCGUUGGAAAGAUUGAUAGAUCUAUUCUGGUUCGCUACUUCUUUGGAACACGACUGUAUGCUUGGUAAGAAGGCACUGAAUGUAAAAAUUGUACUUGCAGCUACUUAUGCUUUUUUUACUCGAGGUCGAGGCUGCCUGGCAGAGACAUGAUACCAGAAUACGCGGUUGUCCUAAUCGGAUGAUGUCGCCUUUGUUUUUCCAAUAGCUUUGCUUUGUUUCCUAUUGUUCCUAACCAAACAAGGGGGUUGAUAAUGAAAGACAACAUGGGAUAGAUUCGUUGUUGUAAAUCAUUUGGUGAUCAUAUAUAUUGCUUGGAUCGAUAUCCAUCUCUCAGUGUAAUAUGUCUCAGUGUAAUAUGUUUACGCCUGGACUUUCUUGUUGAUGUCUGUACUUUCUACUUGCUAUCGAUAGUAUCCACCGGUAUAAAAGGUUUCAUGCACUCUUGCCACGACAAGUGAAGGCAAUGCCUGGCCCUGUGGAGUUUCGACCGGUUUAGUCGUAUUAAGUAUUCUGAUCUUUCGUGUUGUCGAUGUGGCAGCCAUCCCCAUCCUUCUUUUCGAAGGGAGGCACGUCCAGCAUCGACUGCGAUCCCAGUCGAU